AGUUUGCAGAAAAAAAAAACAAAAACAGCUAACACAGCUGUUCGCUAUAGUUGCAGUUGCCAUGUUUUCUGAGAAAUUUUAAAAAGUUUAAAAUAUAAGUGCACAUGCAGCUUAAAGUAAAGCUUAUUUUAAAACAACAUUCGUCUAUAUAUCCUUUAGAAAAACCCGAUGGUACACUAUUAUUUUGAUUAUUUUGUAUUAAAACAUUUUUUUGUUUAAAAUAUUGUUAUAUAUAGUGCUAUCAAAAUACUUCUCUACAUCCGCUGUUAGAUUAACUCUCUUCUCUCUCAAUUUGCCUAAAAAUAUAAACAUUUGAUAACAAAUACCUACUCUAUCAUUUAAAUUAGCAAUAAUAAAUAGAAGUUCAAAGUACUGCUGCCUACCUAACUUUUCACUAUUAAACUUAAUUAUAGACUGUUUAGUGAAUUUUCACUAAACUAUUUCUCUAUUAUUUACUAUUUUUCUUUAACUAUUAAUAUAAAAAAAUGCUGCCUCUUUUACGCGCUGCUGCCGGCUUCGCUCCCGCCAUGCGGAUACUCCAAAAGACAACACGUCUGCAGCAAGUGCGUCAUUUAAAUUUGCUCGAGUGCAACAGCAAGGAACUGUUGCAAAAAUUUGGUGUCGCUAUACAAGAGUUCAAAGUAUUAGAAAAUUCGCCCAACGAUGCGCAGUUAAUAAACCAGUUUGAUUGCUCGGAAUAUGUCGUGAAGGCACAAAUACUGGCAGGCGGUCGCGGUAAGGGUGUUUUUGAUAAUGGAUUCAAAGGAGGAGUACAUCUUACCACGAAGAAGGAUGACGUCCUGUCGCUUACCAAACAAAUGAUUGGUAAUCGGCUUAUCACCAAGCAAACACCAAAAUCAGGAAUAUUAGUUAAAAAAGUGAUGGUAGCACGCAGCGUAAAUAUCACACGUGAAACAUAUCUAUCAAUAGUAUUGGAUCGUGAACACAAUGGACCAGUGCUUAUUGCCUCGCCUGCUGGUGGUAUGGAUAUCGAAGCGGUCGCCGAAAAAACACCAGAGAAAAUCAAGACUGUACCUCUAGAUCUAGCCAAGCCAAUACCACAAAAUACACUCAUCGAAAUUGCGAAAUUCCUCGAGUUUAAAGGACAAUGCGUAGAACGUGCUGCUGAAGAAAUACAAAAGCUCUUCGAUCUCUUCAAAGCUGUCGAUGCCACACAAAUCGAGAUUAACCCGUUAGCUGAAACGGAUACAAAUGAAGUAAUCGCCGUUGAUGCUAAGUUAAACUUCGAUGAUAAUGCGGAGUAUCGGCAAAAAGAUAUUUUCGCUAUGCACACUGCCGAAGAGGAUACAGAUCCACGUGAAGUGGAAGCAGCCAAAAAUAAUCUCAAUUACGUGGCUAUGGACGGAAAUAUUGGUUGUCUGGUAAAUGGCGCUGGUCUCGCCAUGGCCACGAUGGACAUAAUUAAGUUGAAUGGCGGUGAGCCAGCAAAUUUUCUCGACGUUGGCGGUGGCGUUAAAGAGAAUCAAGUGCUGAAAGCCUUCCAAAUAGUUACAUCUGAUACGAAAGUAAAAGCUAUACUUGUAAAUGUCUUUGGUGGUAUUGUGAAUUGUGCCACCAUUGCUAAUGGAGUUGUUGCUGCCUCCAAAACCCUUGAUCUGAAAGUACCGCUUAUUGUGCGCUUGGAAGGCACAAAUGUGGAUGAGGCCAGAAAAAUACUAAAAGAUUCUGGUUUGGCCAUUCAAACAGCGGUGGAUUUGGAUGACGCAGCUCACAAAGCUGUGGCGGCAUUGCAUUGAAGUUCCUGGGAGCAGCUCGCUUCAUUUUGGUUGACUGAAAAUUUGACAAAAAUGCAUUUUUAUACAACAUUUGUGACCUAUUGAAAUUAAGUUUCCAAACAGGCAUUUCUCCACCAACAAUAACAAAGUCGAAUGGCCAAAGAAUCCUAUUUUUUUUAAUUUAUUUGUUUUAAAAUUUAUUACAAAAUAUUUGUGUUAGUUUUUAAAUUAAAUGUUAGUAGGAAAUUGUUAAUAAAUAGAGACAUACAAAUAAAAGUUUAAAUGUUGCAAAAGUGGUUAAAUUAAAAUUUGACAAUAAACACUUUUUUAAAUGGGAAAUAUUAA